AUUUGAUAUUAUAUAUUUGAUUAGAUUUAAUAUAUGAUUUAGGACAUUAUAUAUGAUUGUAUAGAAUCUGUCAAGAUGGCUUUGAGAAAUGAAAAAGCAAUAUUUUGUUGUUCGGCGGUAAAGAUCCUCCUAAGAGCACUGCUUUUACAAUGAGUGUCAAUGAGAAGAGAGAGGAGGAGGAUGCUGUUCAGACAAACUUAGCAGCAUCUUCAAUACCCUGUCUUGUGUCUAUGAAGAGUACUAAGUCCAUUAGCUGUCCCACUAAUAUUGGUGUUGAAGUAGCGACCUCUGACCUGGACAAGCAGCAUGUGAAAGAAGCAUCCCUGCAGACACACACACUGCUUAACAAGACUAAAGACCCGCAGCGCGAUUUUCACCAACCAGUGAAUGAUGUCCUUCAGAGAGUCAAAGACCGACACAAAACCAGCAUGAAGAACAAGUAUGAGAGCUUAUUUGAGGGAAUCAAUCUAGAAGAGACUCAACCCCUCCUGAACAGGAUCUACACACAGCUCUACAUCAUAGAGGGAGAGAGUGAAGGGGUGAAUGAAGAACAUGAAGUUUUACAGAUGGAGAAAACAGCCAGAACACAAGACACUCCAAUCUACUGCAAUGACAUCUUUAAACCCUUACAUCAACCAGGAUGUGAGGAGAAAGACAAAAUCAAGACUGUUCUUACUAAAGGCAUCGCUGGAAUUGGAAAAACCGUCUCUGUGCAGAAGUUCAUUCUGGACUGGACCGAGGGAAAAGCCAAUCAGGAUGUAGAUUUUAUGUGUGUGCUUCCAUUUCGAGAGCUGAACUUGAUUAAAGAUCACCAGUACAGUCUUCACAGACUUCUGCUGGACUUUCAUUCUGAACUUCAAGAUUUGGACUUAAAGAUUUAUGAGGAAUGUAAAGUUGUGUUCAUCUUUGAUGGUCUGGAUGAAAGCAGAAUUACACUGAUGUUUUCAGAUGAUGAGAAAGUUUGUGAUGUGAAUGAGUCUUCAUCAGUGGGUGUGUUGAUGUCAAACCUUAUCAGAGGAGAGCUGCUUCCCUCUGCUCUCAUCUGGAUCACCUCCAGACCAGCAGCAGCCAAUCAGAUCCCCUCAAAAUACAUCAACCGUGUGACAGAAAUUCAGGGAUUCAAUGAGCCUCAGAAGGAGGAAUAUUUCAGGAAGAGAAUCAGUGAUGAGAAUAAAGCCAGCAGAAUCAUCUCACACAUUAGAAGAUCAAGAAGCCUCCACAUCAUUUGUCACAUACCUGUCUUCUGCUGGAUUUCAGCCACUGUGCUUCAAAACCUCCUGAAACAAGAUGACAGUGCAGAAAUCCCUGAAACACUUACUGAAAUGUACAUCCACUUCCUGCUGACUCAGAUCAACAUGAGGAAUCAGAAGUAUGAUGAGAGAAAAGCAAAGAAACUCCUGAAGACCAACAGAAAAGUAAUUAUAAAACUUGCAGAACUGGCUUUCAAACAGCUAAUGAAGGGCAAUGUGAUGUUCUAUGAGGAGGACCUGAUUGAGAGCGGCAUAGACGUCACUGACGCCUCAGUGUACUCUGGGAUUUGCACUGAGAUCUUUAAGCAGGAAUCUGUGAUUCAGCAGAGGAAAGUUUACUGCUUCAUACAUCUGAGCUUUCAGGAGUUUCUAGCUGCUUUCUUUUUGUUUUACUCCCAUGUAGUCAAGAUUCAGAAAUCACUGAAGUCAUUUCUAAAUAUGUUGUUUGGGUCAAAGGAAAUCUCUCUGUAUGAUCUACUAAAAGCAGCAGUUGAUAAAUCCUUAGAGAGUAAAAAUGGACACCUUGAUCUUUUCCUGCGGUUCCUGCUGGGCGUCUCAAUGGAGUCCAAUCAGAGACGCUUACAGGAUCUACUGACACACACAGAGAACAGCUCAAAGACCAUCAAGAAAAUCACACAGUACAUAAAAGACAAAAUCAAGGAUGAUGAACAUCUCUCAGCUGACAGAACCAUCAAUCUGUUCCUCUGUCUGCUGGAAAUUAAGGAUCAAACUCUGUACAGAGAGAUUCAGACGUUUGUGAAAUCAGAGAAUCACUCAGUGAAUCGACUCUCUCCGUCUCACUGCUCAACAAUCGCCGACUUGCUGCAGAUUUCAGAGGAGCCGCUGGAUGAGUUUGAUCUGAAGAAAUACAACACAUCCGAUGAAGGUAGAAGGAGACUGAUACCAGCUGUAGUGAACUGCAGAAAAGCUCUACUCGCUGACUGUAAUCUCACUGAUCAGUGCUGUGAAAGUUUGUCUUCAUCUCUACAAUCCUCAAACUCACUGAGAGAGCUGGACCUGAGUAACAAUGCCCUGCUGGUUUCAGGAGUGAAGUCUCUCUCUAAUGGACUGAAGAGUUCACACUGCCAUCUUAACAUACUGAGAUUAUCUGGCUGUAUGGUGACAGAGGAAGGCUGUUGUUAUCUGGCUUCAGCUCUGAAUUCAAACCCUUCACAUCUGAGAGAGCUGGAUCUGAGCUACAAUCACCCAGGACAAUCAUUAGUCAAGCUGCUCUCUGAUCCAAACUACAGACUGGACAAACUCAAUGUGGAUCAUGGAGGAGAGAUCAGGAUUACAACAGGACCACAGAAAUAUGCAUGUGAUCUCACACUGGAUCCAAACACAGCAAACACUCGCCUUGCUCUGUCUGAGAAGAACAGAAAAGUUACACAUGUGGAGGAGAAGCAGCCGUAUCCUGAUCAUCCAGAGAGAUUUGAUGAGUGUCUUCAGGUUCUGUGUAGAGAGAGUCUGACUGGACGCUGUUACUGGGAGACUGAAUGGAGUGGGAGUGAGGUUUAUAUAUCAGUGACAUACAAAGGAAUCAAAAGGAAAGGAGGGAGUGAUGACUGUUGGUUUGGAUACAAUGAGAAGUCCUGGAGUUUGGACUGGUUUAAUAACAGUUUCACUGUCUCUCACAAUAAUAAGAGCACAGAAAUAUCUGCUCCUUCUAAUCUCUCUAACAGAGUAGGAGUGUUUCUGAACUCAUGGGCCGGCACUCUGUCCUUCUACAGCGUCUCUGACACACACACACUCACACAUUUACACACAUUCAACAGCACAUUCACUGAACCUCUCUAUGCUGGAUUUAUGGUUGAUUAUGGUAGUUCAGUGUCUCUGUGUGAGAUUAAACAUCUUCCUGUGAGAAACAACUGAGACACACAGAUGAGUGAAAGAAACACACUCAAAUGAUCUCUCUUUAACUCACACAGCUGUAAACUCUUUCUCUCUUCUAAUCUUAAUUUCAGUGUGUAUAUAGAAACACACUUUGACUUCAGUCUAAAUGAGACACACCACAGACUUCUAUUGUGUUUUUGUAAAGAAUGCGGCUCAACAAGAGUUUUGUCUUUCUGAGUCACUAAGCGCCAUCAUAGUUCUUUAUAGGAGAAUAAGAAACAGAAUAAGGGACACUCAAAAUAUUUGUACUGUACCACAUAGUGUAGGCCUAUGUCAUUACAGUGUCUGCAGUUAAGUAUGUGUAUAAAAGGUUUAUAAAAGCAGUUUGUAACUCUCAUUAAAUAAUUAUUUUUCAUUAUGAUUAUAACAUAUUUAAAGGGGUCAUGAACUGCAUUUUUUUUAUUAUUUUAUAAUGUUUCCUGAGGUGCACUUAUAAUGUUAAUAUUAUUUUUACAUCAAAAAGUUGAAUUUAGAAAUAAAUGGACAUUUUCUACCCUGAUUUUAGCCCUCGGAUUUUAACGCUCUAUUUAGAGGCAUGUCUGCUGUGAGACUUCAGUGUAAACACCCACUGCUGUGAUUGGCUAACAUCUUUGCAUAUGAAAAAAGUAUUAAAUGCGGAACCCUCUUGAAUAUUUUUAAAACUUCUUUCUAUAACAGCUGUCAAGAUUAAUGAAUCGUGAAAAGUGUUAAUGCAUUAUAUGUAGAUCUGUUUCCAUCUCACGAAAGCCUGCAUCGAUGAGCAUUGUAGCCGAUGACAGUUGACUGUGUGAAUGUGGUGAUCUUGUCAUUGCAAUGCUAUUUCUACACUCUCACGAAUGCUUUCAUCAUAACUAACAAUGCAAACAUGAUGUAAAUACAGCAAGUGGUUCAUUUUGCAGUGUAACAGUGCAGUGCUUUGAGAUGUAGUUGUGCUUCAGGCGAACCAAGUUCAAGUCCUGGCUCGUGGACCUUUGUCAAUCUCAAUAAAUAUUUAUAUACCUUCUAAUUAAAAUAGUAAUACUAAAUGUUACAUAAAAGAAAAAAACUUUUUUUCAUUUUCCAGAGGAACUAUGUGUAUAUUAUGUUAUGUCAGGACAAUAUCCACAACCUCACAUUAGAGGACGUUGUACUCUGGGAAUAGCUGAUUAGAGAUCAUGGCAGUUGAAAGAAAAUAUUCAGUGGUUGAAAAUUGCUAAAACAACUUUUAUUAUGCAUACAAAUGCAAAUCUGAACAAAUUAUAAAGAAUAGAUCUAUGUCAAUGCCAUCUCUGAGAGAGAGACAGAGAAAUAUCAUGUAGCCUAUCAUAUCAUACAAGGUUUAAAACAUUUGAAUAGACUUAUCAAGUAUAGAAAAUGUGUAUGGUUCCGUAUCUUGAUAUUACUCUUUACAGAAAGCUGGUUUCUGAGAGACCCGCAGUGACCUCAACUCAGCUAUUUGAUUUGCAAUCGUGCUGUGCUUAUUUCAUUCAUGUAUCAUAUCGUACAAGGUUUAAAAUCAUUUAAAUAUAGCCUACAUAUCAAAUAGCAGAACAUGUGUAUGAUGUAGUAUU